CAUAAACCGCGCUGUGUGUACGUGAGUGCCAGCGUAGGCCGUCAGUCUUUCAGCGGCGGUGAGAGCGGGUGGACGUGUCGCUCCGUUUUCUGUUGGUCUUCUUCAUAGAAAAUGUGAAGCUGCAUUAUUUUCCGGUGAAAACGUCCUAGUGUUGAUAACAAGGAAAUACAAAACAUAUGCUAUAGAAAAUCCACUGAAUUAUCCUUGAAAGAAAUAGAUAGAAGUUGCCAAAUAAACCGAUCAAAGAAAUGAGAAAAUAGUAAUACACAAAAUCCAUACCGUCCAUUAAAAUAAGAGAGAAAAAAACAACAACUUAGAUAAACAUAAAAAAAUCAUCAAAAAUAUAUAGUUAUAAAAGAAAAAAACAAAAGAAAAGAAAUAAAAUCGACAUAAAUAAUUAAACAAAGAAACACAAGAAAAAAAAAACAGAGAGAGAGAGCAUUAAAACAAAAAAACAAAACAAAAAAAACAAAAAACAGAAACAAAAAAAAAAACUAAAAAAAAAAAAAAGCAAAAGCAGCUCGAAAAGCGCGGGCCCUUUCCCCUCGCCGCCCGCCGUUGCCUUCCCGAUGGGCUGCCAGAUCACCAAAUCCUCGAAGAACAAGGACGACCCAGAAGGAAUCCCCGACAUACCCGAGCCCCCUCCCCCCGACCCCCGCCUCCCCCUGACCGCCAAGCAAAAGUUCAACAUCAUCAAAUCGUGGAAGGGAAUCGCGCGCGCCAUCGAGCCCACGGGAGUCUACAUGUUUGUCAAGCUGUUCGAGAGCAACAGUGAACUCAUCGGGUUGUUCACCAAGUUCAACCAGCUCCGGACGCGCGAUGAACAGGCCGAGUCCCUGGAGCUGGCCGAGCACGCCACCAUCGUCAUGAACUCGAUAGACGAAGGCAUCAAGGCCAUGGACAAUGUCGACUUCUUCUUCGACCUCCUGCACCAGAUCGGGGCGUCCCACCGCAAGAUACCCGGGUUCAAGAAGGAGUAUUUCUGGAAGAUCGAGCAGCCGUUUCUGGAGGCCGUCCGCCUGACCCUCGGCGACCGCUACACAGACAACAUGGACAACAUAUACCGCAUAACCAUCAAGUUCCUGAUCGAGACGGUGAUCCGCGGCUACGAGCUGGCGGAGGAAAAGGAGCCUAAUGAUAAUGUGAAGAAAGGGUGUACCAAUAACGCAGAAGGGAAUAGUAGCAAGGCCGCCAAAGCAUCGUGAAAAAUGAUGAAUUGCGCAUUUCGUUUUUAUUUUUUUAGUUUUGUUAUUUUUCUAUAAAAAGAGUAAGUAAGAUGGAAGUGUUUUUUUGUUGUUGUUUUUUUUAACUAUCAGUCUUUUUUUAUUAUUGUUUUGUGAUUAUUAUUUUUUCCUUGAUUUUUACUCUUACGUUCUCUCGUUUAUGAUUAUUUUUUUAUCAUUUUCUUAAGUAUUUUUGUUCUCUCCCUAUCUCUCUGUUUAUGCGAGAGAGUAAUUUUCAAAUUUGGGCUUUCACGGAAAAAAAUGGAUUUGAGAAUUUAAAAAAAAAAAUGUCGAAAUUGAGAUGAAUAUUUUCCACUGACUUCCAAAAUGUUGCGGAUUUCAAAAAAGCUCAUUCGAUAUUUGAGAGAAUAUUCAGCAAAUAUAUUUUAGAGAUAAGCCGAUGAGUUGUACACAAAGAUAGAAUACUCAUAUCUCUACUCUCAAUAAAAUCUCAGUUGGUAAGAUAUAGUGUUAUGACUUGAAGUAAAUAAAAAAAAUAUAUUUCUUGAUAUCACGUCUUGAUAAGAACUGAACGAAACAGAAAAAGACAUGUUAAGAUGAAAAACUGAAUGAGGGAGAGACAAAGAAACCAAAAAAAGAAGAGAAAAAAUAAUUUUUUGUUUUAUAUUUACAUUUAAUUUUUCUCAUUUCAUUUCAUUUUGAACUCUUUUAUCUUCCUAAUCUAUUUUUGACUCGGUGUCUUCGAGAUAAAGGUGAUUAAUUGUAAGAAACCCGAAAGCACUGCCUUCUUGGCCCGCACAAAUCGGCUCCAUGUUUAGUCACGUGAUAAGUAGCUGAAGUGAAACAGAAGAAGAGAUAGAGAGAAUUAGAAAAUCAUUGGGAAGUUAGUGUGUUUUCAGCAUAUGGUAUAAGUAUAUCUUUAUAUGAUAUUAGUAUAUGGUAUUGUGAGAGCAUAUUGUAAUGUCGAUGAUGGUAUGGAAUUUAUAAUAUGUUUUAUUGUGAUGUUAAAUGCCAAUGAUAUUAGCAAAUUAAAAUAUAAUGUCAAUACAAUUAAGAUAUGAAUGUAUGAUAUCAGUAAAUGAUCUAUGGAAAUCCAUAUGUGGUUUCCUGCACACUUAAAUACACGGUGUUUGAAAUUUGAUAUGUCGGGUUGAUGUUCCCAAUUUCCCUCUAUUUUUCAAAAGGUGUUGGUUUGUAUAAUGAAUAACAUCAUAAUAUCAGUAGUGAUAUGAUAUGUGUAAAUAUCAAUAGAAAGUGAGAAAGGUUUGGUUGAAACUUAAAAUAAAACAUCUUCAGUAUUCUUAAAACUCUACGGAUAUUGCAACCCAUAUUUCAGUAAUUCGAGUCCUGCACGGUCUUCAUAACGCCAAGAAGUAUUCCGGGUCGUGUUUCAUAUAAAUCUCCGAGAAAAGUCCACGUCAUCUAGCAUUGCUUCCUCUUCCUUUGGCGCCACCCACUUUGUCUACAUUUUCUUGUUUUCUCUAAAGUUUCUUCCCUUGUUCUUUUGCUCUAAUAUUUUGUUCGUUUUUUUUAAUAUAACUUAAAAGAAGGUUCGUGUGUGAGUCAGAACGUGACUCAGAAAGACCAAAUUCUAAAGCAGGAGAGAAUAGUCGUGAUUCCACACACACUCCCGGUUCGUUAGUCUCUUCUUUAAGAGAACUAGUUGGGGAGAAAAGAGUAUGUACCUUUGAAAUUACCUUUUUCUUCGUUUAUUUUGCAUUAAUAUCUACAGUCAGGUAGUUUUAUUUUUUCUCACCAUCACCAAACAACCACCAACGCGAUCGUGGCGAGUUGAUGUAAUUCAUUUUAAAAAAUAAAAACAACGAUAUAUUUAAAAGAUGAUAUCUCUAAAAAAAAGAGCGAGCGAUAUCCUCCACGCUGCACGCACACCUCCCGCUUGGAGAGAGGGGGGAGGGACGGUGGCGUGGGGGUCCAGGCGGCAGCUGGGGCUCGGAAUUUCGCACGGGCAUUUUACCUUUUUUUUCCCACGUAGGUGCAGAAGAAUGCCAAUUUAAAGUUUUGCAUAUAUCCUUGUAAAUCGUAUAGUGUAGCGAAUUACGAUAUUUUCCAUGUGACGUUAGACUAAAUUUUCCGAUUAUAAGCACGAAUAUGAGACAGAAUAUUGAAGAUAAUAGAUAUAUAUAAUAGACAUUAAAUUGGCAAUCUUCCUUCGGUCUAUAGAAGCCAGUGUGUAUAUAUAAUAUUAAGGAGUUUCGAUUUUAUGGUAUUAAGAUAAGACAUCCCAUCCUCACGUUAUAUUUAAGGCCUCGUCUCUGUUCUUGGUGUCAUGAGUGUUCAUAGAUCUAAACUUAGACCUUUUUUUUUGGAAUCUCUCUCUUUGUAGGGGAAAAAAGUAAAGACUUUCAACGAAAAUUAGAAAAUGGAAGGGAAAACAAGAUGAAGCACAUGGUCGAAUGCGCCUCUCGUCGACUCACGUAGAAUGAGCCCAACAUGCGCACACGGCUUCAAAAGGAGACGCUUGUGCGCAUCUUAUGUGUGUUGUUUACUUCCCACAUUAAAAAAAAAAGAAUAAAAAUAAUUAUAA